GGAACUGUGUUUCCAGGAACACCAAUCCGACUUUUUUCCUUCCGUUCUCCACCACUUUCUGCCUGCAAUGGCGUUCAGGCUGGUGAGGCUGGUCCAGCAGGGGCCUCACUGCUUACUGGCUCCGGCAGUCCCCACGUUAGUCCCUCCUGUUCGAGGAGUGAAGAAAGGAUUUCGCGCCGCCUUCCGCUUCCAGAAGGAGUUAGAGCGGUGGCGCCUGCUGCGGCACCCGCCGCCGCCCACGCGCCGGUCAGAGAAACCCAACUGGGAUUACCAUGCUGAAAUACAAGCUUUUGGACCUCGGUUACAAGAAACCUUUUCCUUAGAUCUUCUCAAAACUGCAUUUGUUAAUAGCUGCUAUAUUAAAAGUGAGGAAGCCAGACGCCAAAAACUUGGGAUAGAGAAAGAAGCUGUUCUUCUGAAUCUUAAAUGUAAUCAAGAGCUAGCUGAACAAGGGACGUGUUUUUCACAAACUUGCCUCACAGAAUUUCUUGAAGACAAGUUCCCCGCUUUGCCCACUGAAGGCAUCAAAGGUCUUGUUGACUAUCUCACUGGUGAGGAAGUCGUGUGUCACGUGGCUAGAAACUUGUCUGUGGAGCAGUUAACAUUGAGUGCAGAAUUCCCAGUUCCCUCGCCUGUAUUACAGCGGACUUUCUUUGCAGUAGUUGGAGCCCUGUUACAGAGCAGUGGUCCUGAGCGGACUGCACUUUUUAUCAGGGACUUCUUACUUACCCAAAUGACUGGAAAAGAACUCUUUGAGAUGUGGAAGAUAAUAAAUCCCAUGGGGCUUUUGGUAGAAGAACUGAAGAAAAGGAAGAUUUCAGCUCCUGAAUCUAGACUGACUAGGCAGUCUGGAAGCACCACAGUUUUGCCCUUGUAUUUUGUUGGCUUAUACUGUGAUAAAAAGUUGAUUGCUGAAGGACCUGGGGAAACAGUAUUGGUUGCAGAAGAAGAAGCUGCUCGAGUGGCACUUAGAAAACUGUUUGGAUUUACAGAGAACAGACGUCCUUGGGAUUAUUCCAAGCCCAAAGAGAACUUGAGAGCACAAAAGGCCAUCACUACCAACUAGCCAGUGAAAGAUAUGGCAACCUGAAAUUUGUGAGCAAAACAAUGAGGCAAAUGUCAAAGGUGUUUCAAGCUAGACAUUUUCAGAAUGUCUAGCUUGCUGUGUUCCUAAAAUUAAAUAAAUGUUAAUCA